AUGUCGUGUUCUAUCCCUCGUGAGCUGAACGAGGCUGCUCUCGAGCAUUUUAUCUACAUGCCAGUUUCAUCACAGAUGGUCAACUAUCUAGCACGGAAAGCACAAGAAGUCAUCUCAUGCGAGCCAUCUUCAGCAAGAGACCUACCACCAUCACCACCCCAAACACCACCACAAGACUCUUCAGCGAGUCAUCUUCCAACAAUAGAAAAGUUCAUCAGUUCGAUCGUAAGAAAGUCCAAUGUCCAGGUACCAACACUCAUGACCACCUUGGUGUAUCUUGAACGUUUAAAGAAGCGUCUUCCUCCAAUGGCAAAGGGAUUAAAGUGUACUGUCCACCGCAUCUUCCUCGCUGCUCUCAUUCUCUCAGCAAAGUUUCUCAACGAUUCGUCGCCAAAGAACAAGCACUGGGCGGAAUAUUCACGUGUCCGAGGAUUCGAGCCAUUUGGAUUCUCGAAAACUGAAGUAAACUUGAUGGAAAAGCAGCUUCUUGGUCUUCUUGAGUGGGAUUUGAACGUCACCAAUGAUGAUCUAUACCGCCACUUCGACCCAUUCUUGGCACCAAUUCGAUCUGAGAUUCUGAAGGAGGAGGAGCGAGUUCGUGCAAAGGAGAGCCGAAAGCGUGCUAUCAAGGAGCAACAGCAACAGGAGGAAGCUGCUCGUCGUCAAUACGAGGCUACUCAGUACUGGAUGCAGGAUUGCGAGGAGAAGCACUCAGUCGUAUACCAGGACCCAUACGCCGACCGCGCAGGAUCCACUCGCUCAAGAUACGAUUCUCCACCUUCAGCUUCAGACAUUCCAGAUUUAUCACGCUCAGCAACUUACGAUGAUUACUGCACCUCAUCUUCGGCAUCCUCGUAUGUGGAAGAUGUCUCAAGAGAAGGAACCCCAUUAUCAAGCAUUGGAAGCUACAUGGAAGAGGAGCAAGCUUCAUACGAUGGACCAAGAGCUUACAGCGCCAGUCCAAGACAUCACCGCGACGUGGUCCACAUCGCCUCCCAGCACUCCACUGGAAAGCACAGCAUGCUUCCAUACGAGAUCGAACGGCCAUACGAUCAAGCCAAGCCAUCCAAGAAGCCUCGCCGUGCGGCGAAUUUGUUUUCACGAUUUCUCGGCCAAAAAGAAGUGCAAUACACUUCCUAA